UAGUUUUGUUUUUUGUACAUCUCAUAUACCUUAUAGGCUUAGUUUAAUUAAUCCAAAAGCAUCAAUGACCUGUGUAGGAGCCAUUUAAGGAGGAGUUCAGACUUUUGAGGGAAUUAUGAUUCAAUUGUGUAGGAAACUGAAGCAGAGGAUAUUUAUCCCAGCUGAAUUUCUGUUGUUAAGUAAACAGAGCUUCUCCCAGAACACUCACACACAUCAAGUGUUUGUCUCAACCUCUGAUGACAUCUACACAAACUUAGCCUUGGAAGAAUGGUUUUAUGAAAAAGCAGAUCUAAAUAAGAAAUCUAUCCUAUUAAUGUGGCAGAACAAACCUGCAGUGGUGAUAGGAAGGCAUCAGAAUCCAUGGUUAGAGUGUAACGUUCCCAAACUGAGGGAGUCAGGCAUCAAGCUGGCCCGCAGGAUCAGUGGAGGGGGGUGUGUGUACCAUGAUUUGGGGAAUCUUAACUGCUCCUUCCUGAAGACUUAUAAACUGUACAACAGGAGAAGGAAUCUGGACCUGGUGGUGGAGGCCAUUACUAGACAAUGGGAUGUGGAUCUGCAAGUCAAUGCCAGGGAAGACAUUGUGUUAGAUGGACUGUACAAGGUGUCGGGAACAGCCUCCAAACUUGGUAAAAACAACACAUUCCAUCACUUUACUCUCCUCCAUGAUGUCAAUGCAGAGAAUCUUGAAAUGACAUUGGAUAGUCCUAUGAAGUUGGGUGUCCAUAGUAAAGCUACAGACAGUAAGAGAUCCCACGUGAAGAACCUAUCAGAAUGUGACCUCUCUAUAGAUUUCAUGUCAUUGGUAGAGGUCAUAGGUCACCAGUACUUUAAGGCAGCUGGAACUCAGGGAGAGAUUGAGUGGAUAGACCCUGGGGAUGAAGCCUCGUUUCCAGGCGUGACACAGAUCCGGCAGGCAUCAGAGGACUGGGAGUGGAUAUUUGGCAGAACUCCAAAAUUCACGCUAGACAGAAAAUUCACCUCAAAUAAGCUUAAAGCUGAACUAUCUGUGAUAUUUAACUUCGAUAAGGGAAGGAUUAUAAGUUCUGAGAUUAUCUGUCACUGCAGUGUUCCAGAUAUCAGUGAAUUUACAGCAUGGCUACAGAAAGGGUUUACAGGACAGAGAUUGCAUCGAGAGGACCUAGACAAAGUUUUACAGGUUCCAAAUGUAUCACAGUUUGACUUUGAUCAGGUCACUUUGAUGCAAUGGAUUGUCCACUGUUGUUCACAAACUCUUUGUACGGGUGUGUAGAUAUUUGGAUCACUUCCUCCAUUAGGAAUUUUUUUUAAAAAAUGAAUUUUAUAGAAGAAAAUUGUUAUAAUAUAUUUUUAAAAUGUGUGUUACAG